AUGAGUGACUAUCAUGAAGCUGAAAGCUCGCCAUUGCUGGGAAACAGUAGUAAAGGAUCAAAAUCUAAGUCUAAAAAAAGCGCCAACAGAAAACGCAAGCGGAAGUCAGCAUUUAAGGGCCCUUCAAGCUCCGGAGCGCCCGAGAAUUCGCAUGCAGACUUCCACGAUUCUAAAGACCACCAUAUGUCGUCCGCUAACGAUUUUGACAAAACCGACUCAUGGGGCAUCCUGCACGAGGGCACGGAUGAGGAAACCUCUAACACGCGCGACUCAUCGGAUGCGAACCUGUCGUCGCAUUUCCCACACUCUUACUUUGAUCACAGGCCCUCUAUUGCAGUAAUGGAAGCCAUAAAUUCAUCCGGAACCAUCAGAAGAGGUCGCAAGUCCAGCAUGUCUCGGGCCAACCGUUCUGGCUCUAUCGGCAAUUCGGACCAGCAUAGUUCGAAUAAGAGACCCGCCAGCUCUGGAUUACCUCGUAUGACAACUCAGGAAGCAGAGAGAUGGGCCAAGGCUAAUUCUAGACCACCCAGAAAGCAUCACGAAAAGCACGACGCACGAUCCAGAGGCGACGACGUUGUCAUUGACGUCGAUGCGCUUAUGGAUCACGUGAAACGUUCCAACCGCAGUCAAUCGUCGGCUAAUUCGUCUUCACUGCACAAUUCUGAGGGUGGGUACAACUCGCGGCCUUCGUCUAGACGCUCAUCAAAUAGCUCUUCAAUCAACGAUGUAUGCUUGCCGCUCGACGAUGAGGAUAUCGCCGGUACCAAAGUCUGGCCCGACGUUGCUGUAUUGGAAGAGUAUUCAAAGGAGGAAACUGAGAGACUCAGAAACCAAGCUGUGCAGGAUGCAGAGAAUUUUCACUUUCAGUACGACGAUGAAGAUGACUACGAUGAAGACAGCCAAAAUAAUGAUGGCGUCCUUUUCUCGAAACCCAUUGUCACCAAUAUCGACGUGCCUGAAUUAGGUAACACGAGAAUAAAUGAAGCAGAACAUUUGAAGGCCGGUCGCCUAAGACCUAAGAAAAUCACUCCUUGGCAUUUACGCCGCAAGGCCAACAAUAUACCUGGAUUUACAGGUCAAACUGAUGCUAAAAAUGUCACAUUGGUGACAAAUAACGACCAAAAGCAAAAAGACGACUAUUUGGUGGGGAACAGAGUACAAUACCCACCACAUAUAGUAUCCAAUAAUCCAGAGCACUUUAGGUUCACCUAUUUCAGGGAGGAUCUCGACUCCACGAUACAUUCUCCUACGAUCUCUGGACUCCUGCAACCAGGUCAGAAAUUCGAGGACCUGUUCGUCAAUUCCGUUUACAAUAAUAACAGCAAUAGUAACAAUAGCAAUCCCGGAAAUACACCAAGUGAAACGAAGCCCAGUACUCCUCAGCAGCAAACACCUUUGCAAAAGUUAACUACUACACAAUCUGGUUCUGUGGAUAUGUUUGAGUGUGAGCCAUUCUGGAUGGAUGUCUCCAAUCCAACUGAGGAAGAGAUGAAAGUUUUGAGUAAAGCGUUUGGUAUUCAUCCAUUAACUACAGAAGAUAUUUUCUUGGGAGAAGUGCGCGAAAAAGUUGAGCUUUUCAAGGAUUACUAUCUUGUGUGCUUCAGAAGUUUCGACAUCGUAGCAGAGCGCCACACUCGUAACAAAAAGACGCAACAUGAGUCUGGAAGCGGUACUUCUUUUGACAAUGAAAGCUCGAAGGGCUGGUUAUCCAAGCUUUUCCGUUCUCGGAGACAUUCAUCAACUAACAAAACUUCUUCGAGCUCGGGCUCAAGUUUCAGAAACAAGGUUAGGAGAGAAAUUGAGGAAAACGAAAAGUACAAGCGGAAAUCGGGUGACAGGCGGAAGCCUCGUGGCGGAGAACUGGAACCACUCAAUGUCUACAUUAUCGUUUUCAGAACAGGUGUAUUAACGUUUCAUUUUGCACCUACGCCACAUCCGAUCAAUGUACGUAGAAGAGCUCGUCUUCUAAAGGACUAUUUGAACGUCACUGCCGACUGGAUUGCAUAUGCGCUUAUUGAUGACAUUACCGAUGCGUUCGCACCAAUGAUAGAAAUCAUCGAGGAUGAGGUUCAUGACAUUGAGGAGUCCAUACUGAACAUGCAUCAGUCAGAUGACUCUUCCGAUGAGGACGACAGUUCAGAUGAUGAAACACGCGAUCGCGGCUACACAGCCCUUAACCGAUACCCGAGAAGAGGAAGCGCAGUGGAUGACAAUGCCACAUUCUCGUCGCGUUCCAGAUCAACACGCUCGACAUCGUCGAGUUCGAGCUUAGACACAAACAUCAUUGGAUGGAAGCGCAAAGGCGACAUGUUGAGACGCAUCGGUGAAUGCCGGAAGCGCGUUAUGAGCAUAGUGCGUUUGCUAGGUUCCAAGGCUGACGUCAUAAAAGGAUUUUCGAAACGUUGUAACGAACAAUGGGAGGUGGCACCCCGGUCCGAGAUAGGAAUGUACUUGGGAGAUAUACAGGACCAUAUCGUCACUAUGGUAUCGUCGUUAAAUCACUAUGAGAAGCUACUGAGCAGAUCACACUCGAACUACCUGGCGCAGAUCAACAUUGACAUGACCAAAGUCAAUAACGACAUGAAUGACGUCUUGGGUAAGAUUACCAUUCUCGGUACCGUGGUAUUGCCGAUGAAUAUCAUCACAGGUCUAUGGGGUAUGAACGUGCUGGUUCCUGGUCAGGAUAUUCACUCUUUAACCUGGUUUACCUGUAUUACUUCCUCGAUGGUAAUAUUUGCAUCUAUCGCCUACUUUUACACUAAGCGGCGUUUCGGAUUAUAA